AUAAGAGCGUGUGAACAGAGCACAGGCACAGACUUGCAGAGCAGACUGGAAAGAGUCUGAAAUAAGAUUUUAGACAUGUGGAUUUACCUGGCUGCUCUCCUAGGGCUUUAUUUCCUUCGACGAUGGUACCGAGAGAGACAGAAUGUGGAGAAACGUACAGAUAAAUAUGUUUUCAUCACUGGCUGCGACACUGGUUUUGGGCACCAACUUGCUAGGCAGUUAGAUGCUCAAGGGCUCCAGGUGUUGGCAGCUUGUCUCACACAGAAAGGAGCAGAAGAGCUGGAAAGGAUCUCCUCAGAGCGCCUCAAAACCACCAUUUUGGAUGUCACUAGCACCGAGAGUGUAAAAGAAGCAAUGAACUGGGUGAAAGGAUGUGUUGGACACAAAGGACUGUGGGGUUUGGUAAACAACGCAGGUAUAGGGAAUCCAUCAGGUCCCAAUGAAUGGCUGACAAAAGAUGAUUUUGCAAAGCUGAUAAAUGUUAAUCUGCUCGGUACGAUCGAUGUGACACUGCAGAUGCUGCCCCUGUUGAGAAAAGCCAAGGGGAGAGUGGUCAAUAUGUCUAGUAUAAAUGGAAGACUAGUGAGCUCUGGAAACUACUCAAUAACCAAGUUUGGUGUGGAAGCCUUCUCUGACAGCCUGAGGAGAGAGCUUCGUCCCUUUGGCAUUAAAGUUAGCAUAAUUGAACCCGGUGUUUUCACUACCAACAUUUUGAACAACGUGGAAGAGAACUUCAGGAAAACAUGGGACCGAGCACCUUCUGACAUCAAACAAGCCUAUGGGCAGCAAUACCUGGAGAGCUGUUGCACCCUCAUAAGCCAAGCUUACAUAAAGAAGGCCAACACCAACCUCUACCUGGUCACUGACUGCAUGGAGCAUGCCCUGAUGUCCCGGUAUCCACGCACACGCUACUCUGCAGGCUUGGAUGCAAAGCUCUUCUACAUUCCUCUGUCUUAUAUGCCAACCUUUGUGGCAGACUAUGUGAUGACCCGCUUUGCCCCAAAACCAGCACAGGCAGUGUAGGUAAUUUUACAGGAAAGAGUUGAAUAAAGUCCAUAAGUUGUGUCAAUGGACACAGUUACAUACAA